AUGCUUGUCUUUCGUUCCUUGGCAGUGAUCUGCUUUACGACUUUGUUUUUGAUGAUGACAAGUACAAAUGCUGCUAGUUUGGCUACUCCAUUGGACCGUCGUACAUCAUUGAAAGAGAUUGAAAAAGGCGGUUUAGUAAACGUAACGAUUUCCAUUCCAGAAUUCAUUCAUGAAUUUGAAAAGCUGAAUGAAUCUCAACAAAAACAAGUUUUGGAAUUUUUCACGUACAACACAAAACCUUUUGGAUUUUCAUGGAAAGAAUGUUUUCCUUAUUUUUCACCUUGGUUCCGUUUGCCUGGUUGUCCACCACCACCACCUGAAGGUUGUCCAAAACCACCUCAAGGCUGUCGACCACCUCCACCACAAUGGUAUUGCCCAAAGCACAAGAAGCCGGAAAGUGCAAAACAUUGUCCAAAACCACCACCCAAGCCACCGAUUUGCAAACCAUGGCAAAAAGGCUUUUAUCAUUUAAAGCCGGAAUACGAACAUAUUUGA